UUGGUUGCAGGAUAUAGAUGCACAAACAAUUCAAGUUUUAAAGAAAAACGCGGGAGGAGGAAGUUCCCUUAUCUUUGCUAAACUCUACAUCAACCUUCUUCAGGAUCAGAUACCAGAUUGGUAGUGAAUAUAUUGCAGCAUGGCCCAAUCAACAUCCCAGAAACAUAGAGACUUUGUGGCAGAGCCAAUGGGAGAGAAAUCGGUGCAGGAAAUGGCCGGCAUCGGCCCUGCCAUCGGUGGUAGACUUACUGAGAAAGGCUUUGAUAAGGCCUAUGUUAUCCUUGGGCAGUUCUUGGUCCUAAAGAAAGACCAAGAAUUAUUCAUUGAUUGGCUGAAGGAAGAGGGAGGAGCCAACAAGAAACAAGCGGGAGAUUGCUAUAAUUGCUUGAAGGAUUGGUGCGAUGCCUUCUUGUGAUCUCGCUCACCCGGUUUAUGUUUUAGGGUCAGAGCUUAAAAGGGGCAAACCGGUGUACAUAAAAGCAGCAUGAUGUAAAGCAGCAAACUACUGUGGGAUGCCACCACAGGAAUUUUAUUUUUUAAGGAGGCACUUUGUGUUGUAAGAUAAAGUCUGAUAAAACUAUAAUGACUCAUAACUGACCAUUAAAUAUUUCAUGUACUGUACCUAUUGCAGGGGAAAUUUGCAAUGAGUCUUUGGACGAUUUUUCUCCUGAAAUGCUCAAAAAAUCCCUGGGAAAAAUAGAGCCUAGGGAAAUCCUCCUUCACUCCAAAAUCCAAUCUUUCAGAUUUAGGAAAAUAU